AUCUACUGUCGAAAUAACGUUUUUGGGUGUGGUUUAAACCAUUAUAAAUUUACGUGCAGUUGCUCCUCUUCCAAGACAUGCCACAUAUCACUCACAGUGAGUUUCUUCUGGAGCAGCUGAAGAGACAACGUGAGAGAAGCUUUCUGUGUGACUGCACAGUAACAAUAGGACAGUCUCAAUAUCAUGCACACCACAAUGUUCUGGCAGCUUUUAGUGAGUAUUUCUCUACGCAGUCUAUUGAUGCCGGAAAGGAGAAUGCCACCAUAACUUUGGACCCAGAGUUGGUGAGCGGGGCUGUGUUUGAAAAACUACUGACUUACAUUUACACUGGGGACUUGAGUAUGGACAGAGAAGAAAUUGAAAGUGUUCAGAAAGCUGCUUCUUAUCUUGGGAUGCCCGAGGUUGUGGCUCGUUGUACACUAAUUCAAGAUGAUAUAAAAAUUGGUGGCUCACCCACAAGACAAGCGGAGUACGAAGAUCCAAGGUCCCCCCUGAGCCCAGACGACUACGAACCUUUAGAGCCGAUCGCAGAGGUGGAAGAACGGGAGCGGUUGAGGGAAAAGAAAGAAGAUGGGUUACAGGAUGAUGAAGCCCAGUCAUCUAGUGAACAGACACCGCAGAGAAGCGGCAGCAAGAGAGGGAGGAAACCCAAAACUAGGCUGGAUGAUGUUGAGAGUGAGACCAUCACUUCUCACAGAGGCAGAGGAAGAGGUCGGGGGAGACCGAGAGGUCGCCCACGGGUGAGGCCAUUGACUUCUGAUUCAACUGAACAAUCUCCAGCGCAGCAAACCAUGAGUCAAAAUAGCAGCUCAGUAGGGAGAGGAACCGGAAGACCAAGAGGUCGUCCACGGGUUAGACCACUGUCCACUGAUAGAGAUGAUUCUGGAAACGCUGAAGAUGAGUCUGUAGCAACCAAGGAUCAAGAAGAGAGCUCUGCUCACAAAAGAGGACGUCCACGAAUUAGACCCCUAGCAUCUGGUGCAGAAGGAGACAGUGGAGAAGAGGAACAAGGAGACGCCCAAGAAACAGAGGUUGUUGAAGAAGAUUCUGUGAAUGCUGGGGAGGAAGAUGACGGUCAGGUAAAGACUGAUGUGGAAAACCCAGACGGAGGUCUUUUAAAACGAGGAAGAGGAAGACCGCGGACUAAGCCAUUAACUACUGAGAACCAAACCACAAACACUGAGAACGCAACUACAGACACAGAAGACGGUUCAGAACCUGCAAAGACAAAAGAGAAUGAAGGGACCGGCCGUAAAAGAGGAAGACCUCGAUCCAAACCUCUUUCUUCUGAGGCACCUGAAUCUUCCAAUCCAACAGAUAAGGUGGAGAACAGUGGAGAAGAAGCCAGUGGAGAAACAAACCAAGACGCUGAGAAACACACUGAAGAAUGCUCAUCUCAAUGUACAGAAGAUUCAAAGUCAAAUCCUGCAAAGAAGGUCCGCACCAGCAACAGGAAAAGAAGCUUGAGUAGAAAGCUAAAAGAAAGCCAAGCUAGUAAUGAGGAAGAAGACGAUGUAGAGGAUGAAGAAUUUGGCAAUGACAAAGAGGACUGGGCCGGAGAAGAGGAAGUGAAGCCCUUGCAGGACAAACACAGGCCUAUAUGUAACGUCUGCGGGAACCUCUUCUCAGAGAUGAGCAGUCUGCGCAGACACAUGCGCAUACACAAGGGCCUCAAACCCUAUCAGUGCCAGCUCUGUACCCGCUCCUUCAGACAGGGCAACCAGCUGAAGACCCAUAUGCGCAUACACACAGGAGAGAAGCCCUUCAGUUGUACAUCUUGCGAGGCAUGUUUUUCUCAGAAAUGUCAGCUGGUCUAUCAUUGCCGAAUGCAUCACGGAGAAGAAAAGCCACAUAAAUGUGAUUUCUGUGGAGCAGCUUUUGCCACAUCGAGCAAUCUGAAAAUUCACAUAAGGGCUUUGAUUCUCUAG